AUGUCGCAGACGAUGCGUUUCCGCAGUGUGGCAGAGUUGCCGACGGCUAGCUGCCCGUUCCCGUCCGACAACUGCCCUGGGAAGUGGGUCGAUUUGGAAGUGUCGCCCGCUUCCCCAUACCAGACCUGCAUUACCGACGAGAAGAGCUAUGAGGGCAGUGGCUUCGGCGAGAUCAACGUCGCGGGAGGCUCGGCAGUGAACUUCAAGUUCUCCUUGGUGGAUCCGGUGACGCAUGAGCUCGUGCAUGCCCCGAAGCUCAUGCUGAAGUUCUAUGGCUUAACUGUGGGUGCCGCUAGUGAGGCAGGAAUGUCGAUCUUCGCCACCGGCUACGAGGACUACUUCUUGAGCCAGCAUUCCACGAUCGCCGUAGCUGCCGGCGAGGGUGGCGGAACCUUCGCGGCCGGCGAUUCUGGUCCCGAUUCCCUGAAGCUGCCUGAUUCGCCGACCACUGCCGACGACGACGAUGAUAGCAGGGCGGUGUCGCUUCUCUUUAUCGAGGCGUCCUCGGUGGAAGUUCGACUCAAGGUCGAAGAGUCGGGAGGAGAGACCUGCCGGCGUUUCCUCUUCUCCAUGAAGGGCUGCUUUGGUACAGGCAGCUGCUGCGAGGUGGAUCCGUGCCACCUCUACAACAAGCCCGCGGUGGAUUGCAUCCUCUCUGACUGGAGCGAGUGGGGCUCGUGCGACGCUUCGUGUGGCACCGGACAGCAGGUGAAGGAGCGGACGAUCAUUCAGCCACCGUCGAAGGGCGGCUUUGGUUGCUCUGCAGCACUGUCCAUCACACGGCAGUGCGCCAACCAGCCCUGCCACGACGAAUGCAUUCCGACCGACUGCCUUUGGACUGACUGGAGCCACUGGGGGGCUUGCAAUCAGUGUGGUGGCGAACGCCAGCGAGUCCGACAUAUCUCCCAGCAUCCCGCCUGUGGUGGGCAGGCUUGCCAUCACGGCAACGCCGUGGAAGUAGCAAAAUGCCCGCGGACGUGUACGGACAAGACGUACUGCAUCUGGGAAAGCUGGUCUGAAUACGGCCCGUGCACGGCGACCUGCGGCGCAGGCCAGCAGUCCCGUACGAGGCGGCUGCAUCCGACCACCCAGGCACCCGGCAGCGAUGACGGUCUGGGUUCGGACUCUUACUCGGACCUGUCCCACGUCUCCGACGUCUCCGACCUUCCCGUAGACUUGGGGACCUACGACGAUGGCGCUCCCUACGUGGACGGGUCGUCCUAUGCAGAUGGAACUCCCUACGUCGCUGGCGGGUCCGACGCGGACAGCGUGUCCUACUCCGAUGGAGCGUCCGACUCUGCCCGGACAUCCUACCUGGAUGGAGCGACGAAGGGCUACUCGUCCAUGGAUAGCUUCUCCUCCCUGCCGCUCGAGCAUGCUGAUCUCCUAGAUGGAUCGGAGCUGGAGAAGAAGUUCGAGGAGCUGAAGUUAAGAACGCAGAGCAUGGAGAAGGGCAGGAACAAGGUCCUCGCCCUGGCAUUUGGCGCGGGCGCCGCCACGCUCUGCGCCGCCGCGGCGGUGCGAGUGGAGGAGCCUCCAGCCUUGGAAGACGCCAUGUGGCCCAUGGUCUCGGCCCCGACUCCGGCGAUGGCGAGUUCCCGUGCGUUCCUUCGACCUCUCGCCUUUGGUACCUCCGGCUUCCCUCCACGACACCGGAAGAUCGCUGCCCCGUCAGUGCCGUUGUCGGAGGCUGACUUCCAAAAGAGGCUGAGACCGAACAAGUUGGUCACUUACUUUGACACGCAAGUCUUGAAGUACAGGGAUGACGACAGCCUCAUGACGACUGGUAUCCUUGCUGCGGUGAGCACCACCGCCUCCUUCCUGAGAAGGACAUGGUGGUACGCGGUGUCCAGCUGUGCCUUCGCUCUGCUGAUUUAUCACUUCACCGGGGCCGGCAGGCCUGCCUUCUCGGAGGCGACCAGGGACCUCUUCGUGAACAUGACGCAUUCGGUACGUACCGUGACCGUGUUCCUUUUGGGCUUUUUCUUGGCCGCCUGCAUCAACCGAUGGUGGGCCAUGCGCAACGACUGCAUCGGACGACUUUGGGGUGCUAUCAACGACCUCACCUUACUUCUGACAAGCUACUUUCCAAGUGACUCGCCUGAGGACACCCUUGUCCGUGAGCGGAUGCUCCGAUGGGCUGUUUUGUCACACGAGCUGAUGUACAAGCAGGCCAUGCAGGAUGAGGAUCUGAGUGAUCUCUUGCAGUGCGGGCUCCUGGAGGAGGAGGAGCGCAAGGUCCUGGCUCCCCUGCCCUCCAAGGGUCAAGUGGUCUGGGCCUGGGCCACUUCAUACAUCGCGCAUUUGGCACAAGGCCCGGUGGACCAGGGUGGCAGCUGCUUGCCUUUUCCCGUCACUACGAUGCCUGAGCUUCAACGGCUUUGCUGUCAGGCACGAGGAGGUUUGGGUGCAACAUUGGCAUAUGUCGACACGCAGGUUCCUCUUCGUUACAUGCACGGCCUGUACAUUGUGGUUGCGAUGCACAACGUUCUGCAAGGAAUUACAUCUGUCGUCGUCAUUGCACGGGCGCUUAGCCGUCAGACGUACGUUACUGCUGCCGUAGAGGUCAUUUGCGUGCUGUUUUUCCCUGUCGUGUUCGCGGGCUUGUUGCAUCUUGGGGCAGGGAUGCUGAAUCCACUUCGCUCCUGUCGCGAUACUGACUUCCCUCGCGGAGCCUUCUCUUACUACAUUCUCGCUGAGAACCGUGCAUUUCAUCAGGGCUGCAGCCAAAUGAAUCACAAGUGGCGACUGGGAGCCAGACCGCCAGGAGCUGCAUCAUCGGAUGCUUCCCUUUGA